AGUAACAUGUUGCAGUCCAGGAGUUUUUAAGUAACAACUGGGUUUGUAAUAUUCAAUACAAAUCACCAUUAAAGCAAAUUCAUUUUCUAUAAGCUAUCUUUUUAACCUCAGUUGUGACCUCUAUAUAUAUCUCUAUCUAUGCAAAUAAGUGUUGAAGAACUAGGAGAUAUAGAGGCUAAAAUGAAGAGGAGAAGAGAAAUGGAGAAGGGGUCAGAGAUCAGGUCUGCCAUUGAAGAGCUCUCCAUGACUAUCAAACUGAAGCCUAAUGAUAAUCCUGAUGCAAGUUCUCAUGUGCCCACCAAGCCUUUCUUGCAUGUCUGCAACUUGGUUCUUCAAGUUCUUGAUAAGAUAGGGCCAACUAUGCUUGUACUAAGACAAGACAUUCAUCAGAAUGUUCAGAGAUUGGAAAAGCUUUGUGAAGUGAAUCCUUCAUUGUAUUCAAAUGUGGUUGAGAUGUUGAAGAAAGAGGCCAGUGAAGGCAAUGCAAGAAAGGUUUCAAGUUGUAGCAGAGCCUUUGUUUGGCUAACCAGAUCCUUGGAUUUUACGGAGGCUUUAUUACAAAGAUUAGCAAGGAAUCCGGAGCAGAAAAUGGAGCAAGCAGUGGAAGAGUCCUACAACAUUACUUUGAAGCCAUGGCAUGGAUGGAUUUCCUCGGCUGCUUUCAAAGUGGCUCUGAAACUAGUGCCUGACAAUAUAACUUUCAUCAAUCUCCUCCUGGCAAAAGAUGAAAACUAUGACACCCUAAAAGAGGAAAUGCAGACUUUGAUUUCAUUACUUGGGCCUUUUCUAGAAGAGAUUCACAGUAUUCUGAGAUUGCAUCGCUUGGAUAUGUUGAAGUCCCCAUAAGGAGAAAAUUCGGAAACAGAUCAAAACAGAUGUACAGAGUUUGGUUUUAUGUAGCUUUAGAUUUUUACGACUACAUUUUCUGUUUAUGUAAAUAUAAAGCUGUAAUUUUGCCUAACAGAUAUAUCUAUAUAUA